AUGCCAGUGCCAAACAUCACCCAAGUAGUCCCUGGCGCAGCCGUCUCCAUCGUCCUCAAAGAAGACCAACCCACAGGUCGUCAAGUCCAAGGCCACGUCCAAAAUGUCCUGACCAGUGGGAACCACCCUCGAGGCAUAAAAGUGCGUCUUUCCGAUGGCAGAGUAGGCCGCGUUCAAAAAAUGCACACUGGAGAAAUGCCUACUACAGAAACUUCUUCAACACAAAGCUCGGCACCGAGUUAUACAUCCAGAGCACCUAGGGAGAGGGAUAAUCGUCGCUCGAAGUUUCAAUCUAGGGAUGUCAGGUUGGAUGAGGAUGGGGAGGCGCCGAAGGAGGAGAUUGAUCUUUUUGCGUAUGUGAAGCCUGCUAAGCAGAAGAAGGGACGAGGAGGGAAGGUCCAGGAGCCUGUGCGGGAAGAGGAGCCAGUUGUGGAAGCUACGAAGACUGCUUCUUGCCCUGUGUGUGGGGACUUCGAGGGCGAUGAGACAGCAGUGGCGCAUCAUGUCGAGUCGCAUUUUACUUGA